AUCUAUCCACGACCCAUAUCUAACCAAGAUCCAUAUCUAUACAACAUAUCUAUCCAACGAGACACGAUACUACAUACCGCACAAUGAAGAUUCCCGCUUUGUUAUUCUCGGCCGCAGUGGCUACUGCGCAGUCGGUGAUUGAAUCCUCCAGCUUUGGCCAUGGUCAAACUUUAUCCCCCGACGGCAAUUCCAUCCCGGGAUGGCAAGUGGGCGGAGAGGGUCACGCUCCCCAAAUUCUUUCAAACAAGCUUAUUUUAACACCCCCGUACCCGGGCAACACAAGAGGAUAUGCCUGGGCACAGACUCCCAUCUCUCAACCGGAGUGGACGGCAGAAUUCCAAUUCCGGGCGUCCGGGAUGGAAAGAGGUGGUGGUAACCUCCAGUUGUGGUACGCGAAGGAUGGUCAGCAGAAGAUUGGGUCGUCCAGCAUCUACACAGUGGGGCCGUUCGACGGGUUUGCGCUGGUGGUUGAUACACACGGUGGACGAGGUGGCAGCGUUCGCGGGUUCUUGAACGACGGGUCGACGGACUACAAGAGCCACCGAAGCGUGGACAGCCUGGCUUUUGGACAUUGCGACUACUCGUACCGCAACCUGGGCCGUCCGUCCGUGGUGCGCCUCAAGCAUACGCGUUCCAUCUUUGAAGUGACGGUUGAUGACAAGCUGUGCUUCUCCACCGACAAGAUCAUCCUGCCCUUUGGCAACACCUUUGGCAUAACCGCCGCCACCCCCGAGAACCCCGACUCGUUUGAGAUCUUCAAAUUCGUCCCUCAAACCGUCCAGGUCGGCACAGGCGGCUCGUCUUCCAACCAGCAGCAGCAGCAGCAGCAGCAACAACAACAGCAGCAGCCCGUCGCAGCCCAGGCCCAGGCCCAAGGACAAGGCACCGCUCAACAACCUCGCGGGGAUACUUCCGGCUCCAACGUCGAACAGCAAUUCGUCGACCUCGGCGCCCGCCUACAGCUCAUCAACCACGCAACCAACAACGUCCUUCGCGAGCUCAACAACCAAAACUCCAAGAACGACCAGCGCCAAGCCGACCUCCUCCAAAAGGUCGCCAGCAAGGACCAGUUCGCCGCCCUAGACGCCCGAGUCCAGCGCAUCGAGCAACUCCUCCAGGGCGUCAUCCGCGAUCUGGAAGGCAAGAAUUAUCACGAGCGAUUCGCACAGCUCCAGGAUACGCUGCGGUCGUCGCAUUUGAGUCUGACUGAGAGCUUCAAGGAUACUCUUAUGAGUGUUGUCACCGCGUCCGCCCCCCGCAUGGGCUUCUUCAUCUUCGUCAUCGUCGGCGCCCAGGCCGUCCUAGCCGUGUCGUACAUUGUUUACAAGCGUCGUCGCGCGAGCAUGCCCAAGAAGUUUCUUUAGUUAUCACCAACCAAUCGUAUCAUACAUACCUAUCUCAUCCCAUACCUCGAGAAACUUAACCUUGAUCUACCACCUCACCUCUCCAUACCUCCAUACCUCACAUCACCAACCCAUUCUCUAUCAGCAUGGAUAAAGGAGGCAAGCGAGACAUACCACCUACCUGCCUAACCUAGUCUUGGAAA